AUGCUUGUACUAUCUCCGAUCUCAACCUCUCUACCACCGUCCUUUCACCGGAGAAAACUAAUCCGGCGAUCAAUUAAACCGGCAGGUAGAGUGGUAGCAAAGGCUAAGGACAAUACCGACACUGGCGGGUUUCUGGAGACGGCGGCUAUAGCCGGUGGUUUAGUGUCGACCCCGGUUAUUGGAUGGUCACUCUACACUCUAAAGACCACAGGAUGUGGUUUACCUCCAGGACCGGCCGGUUCAAUCGGAGCAUUGGAAGGUGUGAGCUACUUGGUGGUGGUGGGAAUCGUGGGUUGGUCUCUUUACACCAAGACAAAAACCGGGUCUGGUCUACCAAAUGGGCCGUUUGGUUUGUUGGGUGCGGUCGAAGGCUUGUCUUACCUGUCGGUUCUAGCCAUUCUUGUGGUGUUUGGUCUUCAGUUCUUGAAUAACGGUUCGGUUCCUGGUCCGCUUCCAAGUGACCAGUGUUUUGGUUAA